UUUCUUCAUCUCUUUCACUCUUGUCAAUUUCAUUUGAUCAACCACAAAAAAAAAGCCAAAAUGAUGAGAAUUGCAGCAUCCGCGAAGAGAAUCAUCGGAACGGCGUCGUCGUCGUUGGAGGCGCCACACCCGGCGAUUAGGGUUCUGCCGCGGCUCUACCACGAGAGGGUGGUGGACCACUACGACAACCCCCGGAAUGUUGGAUCCUUUGACAAGAACGACCCCAACGUUGGCACCGGUCUGGUCGGAGCACCCGCUUGUGGCGAUGUCAUGAAGCUUCAGAUUAAGGUUGAUGAGAAGACAGGGAAGAUCGUCGAUGCUUGCUUCAAGACCUUCGGUUGUGGAUCCGCCAUCGCUUCUUCCUCCGUCGCUACUGAAUGGGUGAAGGGAAAGCAAAUGGAGGAAGUUCUGUCCAUUAAAAACACUGAGAUUGCAAAGCAUCUGUCACUCCCACCAGUGAAGCUUCACUGCAGCAUGCUUGCUGAGGACGCUAUAAAAGCAGCUGUUAAGGAUUUAGAAGCUAAGCGUGGCCCAGCAACUGGAGAGAAAGCUGCCACUGCAUGAUUUGCUAACCUCUAGUAUGAUGAGGUGAACAACCAUUAGUUUGACUCUCUAAUGGUGUUAACUAGUCAAUUGCGAUCAUUUCAACAUCAUGAGGCCAAACAUUUCUUGGUUGGAGCUAGUUAUUAGACUGUUCUGUCACACUCAUAGGUGAAGUAAAUAUUUGUAUCUCUUGCCAUAGUUUAUUAUCUGCAUGUUUGUAGGAGGGAAGUCAUAUAUGUGUUAAAACUAUGAACACAAUAAAAUAAAGCAGAAUAUUUACAUAUUGAAAUA